AAGCCAGAUCACCAAAUCCGACAACGCUUUCAACUCUAACCAACUCGGGCGUUUAGCUUCCCAUCCCCAACCUCCCUCGUCAACGUUCCCACCACUCCAGGCGGUUUCGACAACUCAAGCCUCUCUCCGACGUUCGCGGCAGACCAAGCUCUACCAGGACACCCAGUUUCCUCAACUCCAGCACGGUUACCUAGCUCCCCAUUUCGUGUCAUCAACCCUAUAAACUACAACCGAAAAUGUCCGCUCCUGUCGACAGCGCCACCGCCCAGAUGGCCAACACCACCCUCAACGAGCCCACUGGCACCGCCGAAGGCGCCAGCGUGGGCGCCGGCGGCGACAAGCCCAUCAACGCCUCCGAGAACGAGGCCGUCAUUGCCAGCGCCGCUGAGGGUCGUAGACUCUACAUUGGGAACCUCGCGUAUGCGACCACCGAGGGAGAGUUGAAGGAGUUCUUCAAGGACUACUUGGUCGAGUCGACCUCCAUCCCCACCAACCCGCGCACCACCCGCCCUGUCGGCUACGCCUUCGUCGAUCUGUCCACCCCCUCCGAGGCCGAGCGCGCCAUUGCCGAGCUGAACGGCAAGGCCAUCCUUGACCGCAAGGUUUCGAUCCAGCUCGCCCGCAAGCCCGAGGCCCACGCUGAGGGUGCCACCAGCGGUGGCGAGGGCUCCGGCAACGCCCGCCGCCGCAGCUCUACCCGCGGCCGUGGUCGUGGCCGUGGCCGUGGUGGUCGUGCCGCCCGUGGAGGUCGCGCCCCCCGCGAACAGACUGAAGGCGAAGCUACCGAGACUCCCGCUGCCGCUGACCCGGCUGAGAGUGCUCCUACGAAUGUACCUGGCCAAGUUCUCCCCCUCACUGAGACGACGAACGAAGCGCUCACCGCCGAAAAGGGUGCCGAGGGCACUACCACAGUCAACCCCGCCAAGACUGGCAAGACGCACGUCCAGCGCGAGCGCAAGCAGCGCGGUCCCCCCGAGGAUGGCGUUCCUUCCAAGACCAAGGUCAUGGUCGCCAACCUGCCCUACGAUCUCAGGGAGGAGAAGCUGCUCGAGAUCUUCAAGGACUACCAGCCCACCUCUGCCAAGAUCGCCCUUCGCCCCAUCCCCCGCUUCAUGGUCAAGAAGCUCCAGGCCCGCAACGAGCCUCGCAAGGGCCGUGGCUUCGGCUUCGUCACGCUGGCCUCCGAGGAGCUGCAGCAGAAGGCCUGCUCUGAGAUGAACGGCAAGGAGAUUGAGGGCCGCGAGAUCGCCGUCAAGGUCGCCAUCGACUCGCCUGGCAAGGAGGACGAGUCCCCCGAGGCUCCCAUUGAGGGCGCUCCUGCCACCGAGGACGGUGUCCCCUCCACCGCUGAGGGUUCUGCCAACACUGAGGCCGCCGUUGCUUCCACCUAAGCAACUGCCCUAGGCCUGCGCCAGUGCCCUUUGCUGGCGCACUUUCCAUCCGCUUUUCCCUUGUAUUGAUCCUACACGCGGUCAUGAUUCCUUAACGAGAGGUUUUCUUUUGAGGGAUAUUGGGAAAAGUUACGAUGCACUUCUUUUCGAACAUGUUCUGUUUAUUCUGGGGACAAGAUGGGGAGUUAGGCUUAUAGCGUGGUGAUGACGAACACGGCAUGAAAAAAGGUCGCUUUUUCUCUUCUUCUUUUCUGUCUUUCUUCUUGACGAUUGACGGCAAGAGACGAGACUGAGCUUCAACUUGCACCAUGCCCCGCAGGCCCGGGAAAAGUGGCCUGUGAUAUGUUUAAGAAAUCAAGAAUCAAAACGAGGGAAUAAUUGUAAUCAUUGACUGACUGCGC